ACUUCCUCAGACUUUAUCACAUUGUCAUAAAAUGUUAGAGUAGCUCGCGUGGUCUCUCGUGCAGGUGAACGCGAGCUCAUCCAGUGGAUGCGAGCGCAGAUGUUGCUCAUCAUCGCGCGUGAGGUGCGGCGCCUGAGGAGCCUCGCGCACUCUUCAUCAUCCUCUCUUCCCAUGGCGAGAAAGACCUUGGCUUGGUUAGUACUGUGAAAUGUGGUGUUUCCAUCAUGGCACGGGGUCUGAUACCGUGGAUCUGGCUGAAGCGACCCGUUUAUAUCCAGGCCCGGUUCUCCUACCUACACAUGAAGUACCUGUUUUUUUCCUGGUUGGCUGUUUUCGUGGGAAGCUGGGUGGUGUAUGUGGAAUACUCUUCAUACACAGAGCUGUGCCGUGGACACGAGUGCAAGAACUCUAUUUGCGAUAAAUUCCAGAAGGGGGUGAUCGAUGGUUCAGCCUGCAACAGCUUGUGCGAGAAGGACACUAUUUACUUGGGAAAGUGUCUCUCUGCCAAACCCAGCAAUCAGGUAUAUUCUGGCAGUUGGGGGGAUAUGGAAGGAAUCAUAAAGUGCCAGAUGGAGGAGAACCCUCAUUAUGAUCUGGGUAUAGAACUGGAGCCCCGAAAAGAAUCUGCCUCCUUUAACAGGCCAACCAAAGGGACAUCAAUGGAGAAGUUCAAAGAGAUGGUCUUCAGCCAUCUAAAGACAAAAGUAGGAGACCAAGCCAGCUUAGCAGAUUUGGUGACCCUUGUGCUUGGAGUUGCAGACAGCAACAAGGAUGGCCAGAUCUCGCUGUCAGAAGCACAUUCAGCUUGGGCUUUACUGCAGCUGAAUGAAUUCCUGCUGUCCAUCGUUCUACAGGACCGAGAGCACACUCCCAGACUGCUGGGCUUCUGUGGGGACUUGUAUGUGAUGGAAAAGGUGCCUUAUGUACCACUCUAUGGCGUCAGCCUUCCGUGGAUGGUAGAGCUGUGGAUUCCAGCCAGCCUGCGACGGAGCAUCGACCAGUGGGCCGCCCCCUCCUGGCCCCGCAAGGCUAAGAUUGGCAUCGGCCUGUUUGAGCUCGUUGAGGACGUCUUCCAUGGCACAUUUGGUAGUUUUCUCAUGUGCGAUGUAAGUGCUGCAGGGUUUGGUUAUACAGAGCGCCACGAUAUAAAGGUGGUAGAUGCAAGGCGUAUUGUCCCCGAAGCUGCUUUUCAGGAAGUGAUGCGUGAAAGGCGGUGCGAAGAGGACAGUGACUGUAUGUAUGGCCAGGACUGCCUCACUUCCUGUGAUCUCACUAAACACCGCUGCACUACGGAGGUCACACAGCCCAAUCUGGCUAAAGUAUGUAGCACACUGAAGGACUAUCUUCUGUAUGGUGCACCAUCAGAUAUUAAAGACGAACUGGAGAAACAGCUGUACGCCUGCAUCGCUCUCAAAGGCGCCAGCGAACAGAUGGAAAUGGAACAUUCCUUGAUUCUCAACAACCUCAAAACUCUGCUUUGGAAGAAAAUAUCACAUACAAAGGACUCGUAAUGAUGCGCAGAACUGUUACUGUACUUCUAAACAGAACAAUAGAUGAACAAGACACUGGGACUGACUGAUUGAAAUUGGACGACUCAAAAUUUCGUUACAUACUUUUAUUUUUGACCUGCAUUUGCAGAGUACCGUCAUAGCCUUCGUGGCACUUUUUGUAAGAUUACCCAAUCUUGACUCAAUCCCAAAUUAUAAAAGCUUAAGCUGCAGAGAUACUGCCUCUGCUAAUGCAUGUCCUCCACUGCCAAGAACAAAUGCCAAAUUUUAAUUCUCCAUGCCGAUUAUUGUUCAGAGAACUGAGACAAUCAAACUGUGUCUAGUCCAGUUUUUCAAACAGAGACGAGGACCCCUGAUUUGACAGAAUAAAAUGGAUUUUUACUAAAUGUAUUUUUAGGACAGUCUAAGAUAACUUGAGAAAUAGGUUUAACUUUUUUUAAAAUUUGAUUUAAAUUUUCUAUGAUGACUUCUAAAGAAUGGUCAGAAAACAUUAAAUUAUUUUAUUUUACUGACAGUCCAGGUUUUAAUUCUGGAUUUUACUUUAAAGGUGUAUACAUAUAUUAUUAUUAUUAUUAAUAAUAAUAAUAAAAUCUAAACAAUUUUAAACUAAUACAAAGUAAUACAGUUCAUAUAAUCUUCUAAUAUCAUGCUUUGGCUUUAGAACAAUGAUUACAUUUCUUCAUAUGAGAAAAUAUACACCAAUGUCAUAUUUUAUAACAGCGAUAAUUUAGAGAGGACUUGGCAUCAGAUAUUUUGAGAACCCCUGCUCUAGUCAGAAGAUACACAAUUCAGAUUUCAGAACACUUCUAUCCUUCCAAUUUAACUACAAAGGAUCUGAAAAUGAUUUGCAUGAAUUAUAAUUUUUUAGACUGAACAGUGUUACUCAGUACAAUAGGUUAGAACAAUUAUGCUGUCAGUUUUUUCAAUUGAAGUCAAACUGCCACAAACAAAAGCAACUUAUCCUUGUUUUAAAGAGACAAGAUGUGUGCAGAAGUUUGAAUGUUAUGUUUGACAGGCCAUUUUCAGUUAAUGUCAAGUACGUGCUUCAUUUUUACAUUUCAUCUUUGUUUUAAAUGCAUUGGUAUAUAAAAGCAUUGUUAUAUACACUAAUACCCUUAUCCAAGUUAGGACUCAGGGCCCUUUACAAUGUUUAAAAGUGUAUUUUGAACUUCAUGUCUGGCUGUGUUUUUGGUUUAUUCAUUCGUACCAAGAACAGUGUUUAUGUAUAAAGGACAGAAAAGAUCUUGCCAUUGUUUAGUUCUGUAAAUUCUAACGUUUCCCUAAAAUCACACAGGUGCUACAAGGAACUACGCAUAAAUUAUCCUAAACGUUUGCAAAUCACGCACAGCCUCCUACUCAAUAUAACAAGCAAUCAGACAGACACAAGAGUCUUUUUUCAUAUAUUUAUUAGAACAAAGUAUUUCUGCACAAUUGAGGAGAAAAGCAAGAGCACACUCUAGUCCUCCUCUGCAGCUUGAGCCCGAAGGAAGCUGGCCUUCUUCUG